AUGUCGAAAGCGGACGUUGACCUCUACGAGGUCUUGGGCAUUGACAAGAGUGCCAGCAAGGAUGACGUCCGGAAGGCUUAUCGCAAGGCCGCCCUAGCAAACCACCCCGACAAAGUCCCCGAAGCCGAAAGAGAAGAAGCAGAGGUUCGAUUCAAGGCCGUGCAGGAAGCCUACGACAUCCUCUACGACGAAGAAAAGCGUGAAAUCUAUGAUACCCACGGAAUGGGCGCUUUCAACGGCUCCGGUGAACCGGGUAUGGGCGCGGGCCCUGAUUUGGAUGAUAUUCUUGCGCAGAUGUUCGGUGGUAUGGGAGGUAUGGGCGGCAUGGGCGGCAUGCCCGGUGGACCGCAUGCGCGUAAGCCGCGCAAGAGCCCGGAUGAGGAGCAGAAGUAUGAGGUUCGCCUGGAGGAUCUGUACAAGGGCAAGACAGUCAAGUUUGCUAGUACGAAGAACGUGAUUUGCUCUCAUUGCCAGGGCAAGGGUGGUAAGGAGAGGGCGACGGCCAGAAAGUGCUCCACUUGCGAUGGUGAAGGUUACAAGCAAAUCUUGCGCCCGAUGGGUCAGUUCCUGUCUCCGGCUAUGGUGCCCUGCCCUACCUGUAACGGAGCGGGUGACUACUUUGUCGACAAGGAUAAGUGCAAGAAGUGCAAGGGCAAGAAGACCACCGAGGCCAAGAAAAUGCUGGAGAUCUACAUCCCUCGCGGGGCGAGGGAAGGAGACAAGAUCAUCCUCGAGGGCGAGGCCGACCAGGUGCCGGGUCAGGAACCUGGAGAUAUCGUUUUCCACAUCGUGGAAGAGGAGCAUGAAACUUUCCGGAGGGCUGCUGCCGACCUGACAGCAACAAUUGAUGUUACGCUGGCCGAGGCCCUGACGGGCUUCUCCCGGGUGGUGGUCAAGCACCUUGACGGUCGCGGAAUCGAAAUCCAGCACCCCAAGACCCCCGGUGAGGUUCUCUACCCAGGCCAGGUCCUGAAGGUUCCUGGUGAGGGUAUGCCCAUCAAGCGCAGCGAUGCUCGCGGCGACCUGUACCUGGUCGUCAACAUCAAGUUCCCCGACGGGCAAUGGAAGCCCAGCCCUGCUGUUCUGGAGCAGCUCAAGGAACUGUUGCCCAAGCCGGAACCCCCCAUUCAGGCUGACACCGUGGACGAGGUGGAAUUCGACCCCAAGGGCAACCUGGAUGACUUUGGGGCGCAUGACCCCGAAGGGGGUUCUGCCUGGGAGGAUGACGAUGAGGGUGAGACAACUGCUCAGUGUGCGACGCAGUAG